AUGACCUCCCCAGGCGACUCGUCAUCGGGGCCUAGCAUCUCGCCCGCCUUGAUUGUGGGCAUCGUGAUUCUCUGCGCUUUCGUCGCCAUCACCAUCGCCGCCAGCAUAUUCCGGUUCUGCCGCCAGAAGAAUUCCCGCGAUGGAGGCAACGCCCCGUUCGACGAGGACCUCAGCGAAGUCGAUCUGUUCAACCCCAACAUCGUCCGGCCGGCGAGCCAAGUUGCUCGCAUGAGGGAGGUCCGCUGGAUCAACAACAUGUAUGCGUGGGAGCGCGGCCGGCAGGCGAAACGCGAGGUUGGCGAAUUGAGGCCGACCACCAUGUUUGCGGCGAAUCGCAAGGGUGAGGCCAGGAAUUGGGAUGAGUGGAGUGUUUGGGAGAAUAGAGAGAGUAUGGCCAAUCCAACCGGCGAGCACAGCGGCGCAACGUACUUCUACAACGUCGACGACCCGUACGCCCCUUCGUCGCAACAGCGCCUCAGCCAAGCUGCCUCUGUCCUACUGCCACCACACCCGGCCAACCCCAAUCCAAACAACCAGGGCUGGCGCGACUCUCGACUACGACACUCGUUUGCUCCUGGUGCUGGUGGUGAUGCCACCGCUAGUGCGCCUCGCAGCCAAGAACACGAUGGACGCGGAGCAGAAUCGAAGCAACAACAACGAGAAGGAGAUGAAGAAAUGGCAAAGACCGAUGUCGCCGUCGUCGACGAUGGCAAUGGCAGCCCGACACCCAAGGGAAAGGGCCACAUCCAUACGCACAACGACAUUAUGGAAGACCUGGCUGCCGGCCUCGGUGGGGGAUUGGGACUAGGACCUAGAUCAGGAUCAGGAUCCGGCUCAGGCUACCAGGCCGAGGCGCAGCAGGCGUCGAGGGAGAAUGGAAGCGAACCUCAGCAGCAAGCUCACAACUCCAGCCACCAUCUCAGUCUCCAGCCCAGUCGGAAGAACGUGAAGGGCAAGAAUAGGGCCUCUGCACCACCCCCGGUAUCGUCGACUUCGAACUCCAAGUUCUUAUCGCCGCCGCUUGUGCGAAGAUAA